AUGGCCACCGCAACGAAAGCUGCGCGGGUAGGGGAGGAAGUAUGGAAGAGUCGAGUCGACAAAGUCAAUGCCGAACUGGUAACCCUCACCUACGGCACGAUCGUCGCUCAGCUAUGUAAAGACUACGAGAGCGAUUAUGUGGAGGUCAACAAGCAGCUGGACAAGAUGGGCUACAACAUCGGCCUCCGCUUAAUAGAAGACUACCUUGCGAAGUCAAAUACCAUGCGUCGCUGUGCGAAUUUCCGCGAGACGGCUGAGAUGAUCGCUAAGGUCGGAUUCAAAAUCUUCCUAAACAUCACGCCAACAAUCACGAAUUGGACAACGGACAGCAAACAAUUCUCUCUGAUAUUCGAGGAGAACCCGCUCGCCGAUUUCGUAGAGUUACCGGAUGAUGGACGCGCGCAAGAGGAGCUGUGGUAUUCGAAUAUCUUCUGCGGGGUGUUGAGGGGCGCGUUGGAGAUGGUGCAGAUGCAGGUUGAGGCGCAUUUUAUCAGUGAUAUAUUACGGGGGAAUGAUUCGACGGAGAUGCGGAUUUCGUUGAUUAGGUAUAUUGAUGAUGAGAUGCCGGCUGAUGAUGAGUAG